AAAGUGUCAAAUUGAAAUAAUGCGGUAGUUCUUAUGCAUAAAUUCAUUGAGAAAAGAAGUAAUACUUGUACUGCAAUUCUUUGUAUCCUUCCAUCGCUUAUUGAUGCGAGUGAGUCGGAGUGACCCAGGACUUAUGAGUUAUGACAAAAAUGACCGGAUUACGGUUGGGAGUGGAAAUUGGAUUCAAGAAGAUUACUAUUGCGCUGUACGAGAGCGGUGUGCCGCGGGUGUUGUUCAGCUUUCCUUCCAUCGCGGCUUGUAGUGUUGAUCGCACCGAAUGGCACUUCGGCGUGGACGCGCGCAACUACAAAGCUGACAACAGAUACCGCAAUUUCCCCUCGGUUAAAGGCACGCUGCUGGCUUACGGCUACGGUGAGCAGAAUCCGUUUGUGCCGCUGCUGCUGGAGAAGCUCUUCGCCUUCAUUAAGAUGAUUGGUCAAACCGAACGGAAGCAGUGUCUCCAAGGCGUUGUUGUCGUUCUCUCUCAUGGCCUACACGCCUGCCAAAAUAUCUAUCAAGCGGUGACGGAAGCCUGGCAAAAAAACGACUUAACCGAUGUCCUGUGUAUCUCCGAUAUAUCAGCCAUUGUACUGGCGUACACGGUGCAGACGCUGGACCGGCAGUCCAUAAAGAAGAGCGGGAUAGAGCCGGUUAAUGUGUUGGUGUGCAAUGCAGAUGCGGAGCAUUUCCGGAUGGGCGUCUUCGAAGUGAUCAACAACAACCUCGUCGUCAAAUACAAAAGCAACCAGUAUGUUGUGUGGGACUGUUUCACUGAACUGCGGUGGCGCGUUUUUGAUGAUAUCCAUCAGCGCUUGGAGAGCGUUGGGAUGCCUGCACUGGAUCUGCAUUUACGGACGCAACUAGGAGAGGAGUGCGGGGACCACAUGGCGUUAUUUAACGAUUCCCGAACCGUUAGAGUGAUCAUUCGCGCCCCUGUCCCGAACUGUAUCGUGACGUACACGCGGGAGGAUUACCAGGCGGUGGUAAAGCCAAUCAUCGAAGCCAUCCGAAAACAUGUCGCGGCGGAGUUAGUGAACUUUGGUAUAAUGGACGGGAGCAGCGGAAACGUCGGCGGGAAAGUUGAGUUGCUAGUGGUUGGCGAAAAUUCCCGGUUAGGGUUAUUGCGCACCGCGUUGGAGGGGGUAACGAAGAGCCAGGUGAUUGCCGGAGCGGCGAGUUAUGUGGACGAUGCGGAAGCGUUCGGUGCGGCGAUUGCCAGCAGUCUGGCUGGAAAUAGCGGGAAUUUAUACGGACAACACCAGCUCUUUCGACUGCAAGAAGGACUCGCAUUCGAUGUGGGAAAGAUACUGACGGCGCUGCCGUUAUUGGACGACAACAUUCGCGUGCAACCGGCGCGGGAUAUCCUCGUUAACGACCAUAAGAAUGUGGCCCUGUCCGGGUACUUGUACAUGGGAAACGGGAAAGGGCCUGUCAUAAUUCCCGAUUUUCGUCUCGUGUUGUCCACUCAGAAGAUCCGAAGCUGCAAAGCGCACUGUGUACACCUGGAAACCAGCGUUGAUGGACAAACGAUGACGUAUAUGCGAAUGUUGCUGGGCAAGGAUGUACGCAUUCAGUGUCGCGAACUACAGCGUGAAGAACCGGAUGAGAUGGUCGUUGAAUGUUUACGGAUACAGGUGUCAUUUACGUAUCAGGACAGCGCGGGCCGGAGCAGUCUUUGGUUUUUUGCGGAUGACGCCAGCGCUUAUGAGCCUUUUAUGGCGGAAUACCACACGCGACGACGCGAAAUGCUGAAAGCGUUUCCUUCUGGAAAUAACGCGGACGAAUCGCUUCCUAAGCUAGCGUGGUCAUCAUCGUCUUCGUUUGUCGCGCUUGUGUCGGACCAGCUGCCUACCGCGGAGUUUCAGGAAAUAAAUAAAAUUCAGAAACGUCCGAGCAUUGUUACCGUCAAUCAAGAUUCACAGCAUGGCCUGGUUGUUGUGGUCCAACAGUGCCAGGAAGUGACCAAAAUGCAAAUGAGGGGAAACACGUUUGCGAUCGAACGGCCGAAUAAAAUCCGUGAAUGUUCCGUGGAGCACGAUACAGUCGUCAUUGAGUUAACGUCACACGAUUGUGUUCGUGUCAACUUUCCCAGGGAAGCUACCCGCCGGGAUUUUCUUAAAAAGUGUUCUGUCUUUUGGCCGUUGGGCAAACCGUGA